AUGAAAGAACUCCUACACACUCACAAGCUUAUUAUGCUUGACAGUACCAACUUCGGUCACUGGAAGGUGAGGAUGCAACACAUCAUCAGAGGAGUUGAUGAAGAUGCUUGGACGUCUGUAGAAGAUGGUUGGAGUGCGCCUACUGUCAUCAUGGAAGAUAAGACUGUCGGUCCAAAACCUAAAGAUCAGUGGACUGAUGGUGAGAAGAAAGCAUCAAAAUUCAAUUCCAAAGCCUUGACUGUCAUAUUCUCAUCAGUGGACGUUGAGCAAUUCAAGAUCAUACAAGGAUGUGAAUCUGCCAAGCAAGCAUGGGAUACACUCAUUAAUCACUUUGAGGGAAACAUUAGUGUGAGAAGAACUCGUCUUGAUCAUCUUGCCUCCAAGUUUGAAAACCUGAGAAUGAGUGACGAUGAGCCAAUUGAUGGAUUCAUAUGCAAGAUCAGUGAACUGGCAAGUGAAGCGUCUGUCCUUGGAAAGAAGUAUGAAGAAAAGGAUCUGAAGAGCAUUGCUUUCACAGCCGAGUCUAAUGAUGAUGGUCGAGUUACUAAGAUUGAAGAAAACCUGAGUCUAAUGGCACGAAGCUUCAACAAGUUUGUCAAGCGUAUGGAGAAAGGUGGUGGUAGAUUCAAUGGACGCUACCAAAAGGAUGAUUAUGAAAGGAGUAGCUCUCAACACUCAAAGCAUGAUUCUAGCAAGAACACAAAGAAGUGUCAUGAGUGUGAAGGUUACGGGCACUUCAGGAGCGAGUGUCCCCUUGCUAAGAGAAAAGAGCAAAAAUGUAUUGAGUGUAAAGGAAUUGGGCAUACACGCAGUGAGUGUCCUAGCAUUCUCAAGAAAGAGAAGUCUUUCAUGUGUUUCAGUGACACUGAAUCUGAAGGCGAGAAUGAUGAAGGUGAGCUGCAUCUAAACUUCAUGGCGUUGAUUGGUCAAGAAAGUGGAAAAGAUACUGAUGUUGACAGCGAGGAUGACGGUGAUCUUGAGCAAGAUCUUGAAGCUGAGUACAAGUCCCUCUUCAAUAAGUUCUCUGAUCUCAGCCAUGAAAACCUUGCAUUGCUCAAAGAGACUGCAAUGCUGAAAGCUCAGGUUAACAUACUGGAACUUGAUCAGCCUUCUAUCAAGACGAAGGAGUACUCGAUUAACAUAGAAUCAGAUCAAGAAAUACUUGCACUCAAGAGAGCUAUGACAGAGCAGGAACGAGUUCGUAAGGAAGCUGAAGCUCACGUGCAAAGGCUAAGUGACCUCUUGGCUAUGGAGAUCGAUCGAAGCAGACUACUCGAGAGUCAACUUACUAAAAAUCACAAGAAGGUUCGAAUGUUGCCAGCUGGUACUGCAUCUCUUGAUCACAUACUGACAUUGGGACAGUGUCCAAGUCUCAGCAUUGGCUUGGGAUACAAGGGAUCCACCUCCACAUCUACAGAAACAAAAUUUGUGAAGGAAGCUCCUAAGGAAGAAAAGAAACCUGAAGAGAAACGAGCUCAUGUUGAAAGAAACAAGGAUGUUCUUCCCAAACAAAGAAGACGUGGAAACGGUUGUCACUUCUGUGGAAAACGAGGACACAAUGUUAGGUUCUGUUAUUUUCGAAGACAUCAGUAUGAGAGAGCAUGGAGGUUGAACCUGUGCUUCACCGAACCAACUGCUUACGGUUGUGUAUGGAUAGCCAAACGUGAUUUGUAUCCGAACUUCAAAGAGAAUACUCAUUCUAAGAUAAACAUCAGUUCUGUUAAGUCACACUCUGAAGCUGAACAUGAUCUAGUUUGCAACCUGGUACGAGUGCAAGUAGACACAGAGAUCGUGAAUAAUGUUGCUUAUACCUCUGCUGAAGAAGCAUCACAAGCGCAACUUCCAUGGUAUUUUGAUAGUGGUUGCUCAAAGCAUAUGACUGGAAAUGAAGACUACCUUGAGAAACUCGAACUCAUCAGAGGUGGAAAAGUUACUUUUGGAGAUGGUGGACAAGGCAAAAUCCGUGCAAUUGGAAUAACCUCCAGACCUGAUGUGCCUAAACUCUCAAAUGUUUACUUUGUUGAGGGUCUUAAGGCAAAUCUGAUCAGUGUGAGUCAACUUUGUGAUGAGGGAUUAGAGGUUAUCUUCAACAGCAAGGAAUGUCGUGCCGUUGACGCAAGAAACAAUGUCGUGCUAAGGGCUGCUGAAUCCAAACUUGAUCUCUGGCACAAGAAACUGGGUCACAUGAACACAAAUGGACUCUUCAGACUCGUAAAUGCUGAAGUAGUAAGAGGUGUCCCUGAUUUGGAGAAACAAACAGAGACAGUAUGUGGAGCAUGCUGUCAAGGAAAGCAAGUCAAGGUACAACACAAACAAAUUUCAGAGAUCAGAUCUACACGGAUAUUGGAACUGGUUCAUAUGGAUCUCAUGGGUCCUAUAACUCCUGAAAGCAUUGCGGGUAAACGAUACAUUUUUGUAUUGGUCGAUGAUUUUUCCAGGUAUACAUGGGUGGACUUCUUACGCAACAAGUCUGAUGCCCUUGAGAGUUUCAGAAUCCUUGCUCUUCAGCUCAAACAGGAUAAAGGAGGAAUCAUUCAGAUCAAGAGCGAUCAUGGCGGUGAGUUUCAGAAUGAGCAGUUUGACAAGUUCUGUCACAGUCAAUGUAUCCGUCAUCAGUAUGUCGCUCCAAGAACUCCUCAACAAAAUGGGGUUGUGGAAAGAAAGAAUAGAACUUUGCAAGAAAUGGCUAGAGCAAUGCUGUGUGGAAACAGUGUUCCAUCUGGGUUCUGGGCGGAAGCAAUCAACACUGCGUGCUAUGUGAUAAAUCGGGUCUAUGUCAAGCCAAAGACCAAGACUGCUCCCUAUGAAAUUCUCAAAGGUAAAACACCGAACCUGAGUCACAUGCAUGUGUUUGGAUGCUUGUGCUACAUUCUGAAUGACAAAGAACAUCUGGGAAAGUUUGAAGCAAGAAGUGACGUAGGGAUGUUUCUGGGAUACUCAGUGAACAGUUCAGCCUACCGUGUGUUUAAUCAGCGUACAAAGUUUGUAGGCGACAAUGUUAACGUAGUCUUUGACGAUAGCAUUGGAUUCUAUGAGGCUCGUGUAACACAGACAAUAGACGGUGUCACGCCAAGUUCCUCAAGACAAGCUGAGAAUGAAGCUGAGAAUGAAGUGAAAGAGGAGUCUGAAGAAGACGAUGAACCUGAGAUGACCAAGGUCGAUCUUGAUCAAGGAAAAGUACACAAAAACCACUCCUCUUCAGACGUGAUUGGCGGACUGUUUGAUGAAAGAGUUACAAGAAAGAAACAAAUCGACUUCAAAGAGAUGUUAAAGUUGGUGUGUUUCGUGGUGAAGAUGAAUGAAGUGGAAUGCUUUGUGUCACGUAUUGAGCCUAAGAACAUUCAGGAGGCAUUGGAUGAUGAAUUCUGA